AUGAUGCAAAGCUCAGCACUCACUACAGAAGGGUCUGUCAAGGGGCUUCCAGAAAUUCUUGGUGUGCCAAUGCAACAGAUCCCCCAGUGUGCCGGCUGCAACCAACACAUCCUGGAUAAGUUCAUCCUGAAAGUCCUUGACCGGCACUGGCACGGCUCUUGCCUCAAGUGCGCAGAUUGCCAAAUGCAGCUGGCAGACCGCUGCUUUUCCAGAGCUGGGAGCGUCUAUUGCAAAGAAGACUUCUUCAAACGUUUUGGUACAAAAUGCACAGCGUGCCAGCAGGGAAUCCCGCCCACGCAGGUAGUCAGGAAAGCCCAGGACUUCGUUUAUCACCUGCAUUGCUUUGCCUGCAUUAUCUGCAACCGCCAACUGGCCACAGGUGAUGAGUUCUACCUCAUGGAAGAUGGGCGCCUGGUGUGCAAGGAGGACUAUGAGACGGCCAAGCAGAACGAUGAUUCAGAAGCUGGAGCUAAGAGGCCCCGAACCACCAUCACAGCCAAACAGUUGGAAACAUUAAAAAAUGCCUAUAAAAACUCCCCUAAACCAGCCAGGCAUGUGCGGGAGCAGCUGUCCUCUGAGACUGGACUGGACAUGCGGGUUGUACAGGUCUGGUUUCAAAACAGAAGGGCAAAAGAAAAACGUCUGAAGAAAGAUGCUGGACGGCACCGCUGGGGCCAGUUCUACAAGAGUGUAAAGAGGAAUCGAGGAGGAAGCAAACACGAAAAAGAGAGCUCUGCAGAGGACUGUGGGGUUAGUGAUAGUGAGCUGAGCUUCAGAGAAGACCAAAUCCUCUCAGAGCUUGGCCACAACAAUAGAAUUUACAGCAAUGCUAGCGAGGUGGCUGGUGGACAGCUGAUGAAUGGUACUUUUUCAAUGGAUGGGACAGGACAAUCCUAUCAGGACUUGAGGGAUGGAAGCCCUUAUGGAAUCCCACAGUCUCCAGCCUCUAUAUCGUCCCUUCCAUCACAUACUCCAUUGCUAAACGGUCUGGAUUACACAAUGGACAAUAAUUUAGGAAUAAUAGCACAUGGAGGGCAGGGGGUGAGCCAGACUCUCAGAGCUAUGGCUGGGGGCCCAACCUCUGAUAUUUCUACUGGAAGCAGCGUUGGUUAUCCAGACUUUCCAACAAGUCCUGCCUCUUGGCUUGAUGAAAUGGAUCAUCCUCCUUUUUAA